AUGCAGAAUCUUUUCUCUCUUGGAGAUCUCGAAGAUGCCAACAAUGGCAAAGGUUCCUGGGCCCUUCGCGAGUACUUUCUUUGUAUUGUGACACCAUGCCCCACGGUUGUGUUUGAUGUCGCAAUGGCCCAACGCGUUAUCACUACUGACAAAAAGUCGCCUCGCGUUAAUUGUUCAACGCGCCGAGCCGUUGACUUGGAUGUGGCUAGCGGCAUCCAAAUUCUACGCUCAUCCUUGGACAGGCCCUACUAUAAUUCCUCACAUUGUGGAGGAAUUCGAGCAACUAAAACGAGAGCCAAAAAUAGCCAAAGCUCAGUCCAAGUUUAA